AUGGCCGAACGCGAGCCCCCAUAUGACCCUUAUAUCCCGUCCGGCUCGAGCGCUGCCGGGGGCAGCUCUGGGCCGAGCGGUAACCAGAGAACUGCUGCUUUGCAAGCUCAAAUCGAUGACACCGUCGGGGUGAUGCGCGAAAACAUCAACAAAGUCUCUCAGCGAGGCGAGCGCCUCGAUUCGCUCCAAGACAAGACCGACAAUCUGGCUGUCUCAGCACAAGGCUUCCGCCGAGGCGCCAAUCGAGUGAGGAAACAGAUGUGGUGGAAGGACAUGAAAAUGCGCGUAUGCUUGAUCGUCGCCAUCAUUAUCCUCAUCAUUGUCAUUGUUGUUCCUGCGGAUCUGCGUUCUCAUGCCCUGUCGGGCCCAUCUGGGGUGGCCAUAGGGCGUGAUCAGGACUGCGGAGCCGAUCUCGUUCGCCUCCGAAAGUCGGCCAGAGAGAAAGACGGGAAAAACAAGAAAACGCAGCGCAACCCUAGACAAGGGAAAUUUCCAUCGAGCCCGUACAAGGUGUUUGCCCUCCGUAGAUAUAAUAAUGGCGAUUACGUGCAAUUAAUUAUUGUUUCGCGAGAACUGGAUCGUAAAAUUCUGCCUGUCCGGGAACCCAAGCAAUCUCUGUCGGCGGCAGCAGCCGGCGGGGAACGCAGCCCGUACCAGACUGUGACUCCGACACCGCCCGCCGAGGCCCUGUCGAAAAGCUACUCCCGAGCUGAGAUUUCUCUGGGCCACAGAACCGCAGGGUGGUCCCUCGCCGCCCACCAGUCGAGCUGCCGCAUGCUUGUCGACAAGAUGUUUUCGCUUCGCCCUGCUGUGCGGAGGGCCAUAGUGACUCGCUCACUACGUGCUGUCUCCGCACCGCAGGCCCUCUCGUCCAGAACCCUGCCCGGCUCUGUUGGCUGCCUGCGCAUUAGAAGCUCCCUGUCACUGUCGCAAAGCCGACAGUACUCUCGCUCCGCAGACCCCCAGCUCUCAACCCGUUCGACGGUCGUCCAGCUGCUGAGCAAUAUCGGCUCCAAGCGCGAGGUUCAGCAGUAUCUGUCCCACUUCACCUCCGUCUCCUCCCAACAAUUCGCCGUGAUCAAGGUUGGCGGUGCGAUUCUCACCGAUCACCUACAGACCCUUUCUUCCGCCCUUGCGUUCCUCAACCAUGUUGGGCUCUACCCAGUUGUUGUGCACGGCGCUGGGCCUCAGCUCAACAAGAUACUGGAAGACGCCGGGGUGGAGCCGCACUUUGAGGAUGGAAUCAGAGUCACGGAUGGAAAAACCCUGGCUGUCGCGAGAAAGCUGUUUUUGGAAGAGAAUCUCAGGCUGGUGGAGGAGCUGGAGAGUAUGGGCGUAAGGGCCCGUCCCAUCACCACCGGCGUUUUCUCGGCCGAUUAUCUCGACAAGGAGAAAUACAAAUUGGUCGGGAAAAUCAACCACGUUAACAAGAGACCAAUUGAGGCAGCGAUCGAGGCUGGCUGUCUUCCGAUCCUGACCUCCAUGGCCGAAACCCCGGAAGGCCAGGUUCUCAACGUGAACGCCGAUGUCGCAGCGGGUGAGCUUGCGCGCGCGCUGCAACCGCUGAAGAUUGUCUACCUCGCCGAGAAAGGCGGCUUGUUCAACGGCGACACUGGGGAGAAAAUCUCGGUCAUUAACCUGGACGAGGAGUACGACCACCUCAUGUCUCAGUGGUGGGUUCGACAUGGCACCCGUUUGAAGAUCAAGGAGAUGAGAGAGCUUCUUAUGGAUUUGCCUCGCACUUCGAGCGUUGCGAUCAUCCACCCUGCGGAUUUGCAGAAGGAGUUGUUCACUGACUCCGGAGCUGGUACUCUGAUCAGAAGGGGCAACAAAGUCCAUACCAAGACGUCUCUCUCGGAGUUUGAGGACCUCCAGGCCUUCAAGGACGUUCUCAUUCGUGACCGGGAAGACCGUCCAUUCAAAGCUUACUGCGAUGACCCUAUGGAGGCUCUUGCCAUCGUCUUGCCUCCGGAGGAAGGGUCUGCGCUGGCUCACUUGGCCACUUUCACCGUUACCAAGUCGGGUUGGUUGACGAAUGUUGCUGACAAUGUCUUUUCGAGCAUUAAGAAAGACUUCCCGAAGCUGGUCUGGACUGUCAAGGCCGAUGAUGAGAACCUCACUUGGUUCUUCGACAAAGCGGACGGCAGUCUCUCUCGUGAGGGCGACGUGCUCUUCUGGUACGGUUUGGAGGACAGUGACGAAGUCAAGGAGUUAGUGCUCGAGUUCACUAAACAUGGCCGUCAGAUGUUUGGUGAUAUCAAUCUCGAGUCGAGGCUACACCGAGCAGCUCAAGCGGCGUUCACUCGGGCAGGUGGUUCAGGCCUGGGCGCUGCAUCCACUGAACAGAAACGGACGUUUGCAACCAGUGCUGGUGCCAAUGCUCUCCGAGCUGCUCGCCGGGGGCGCCCUGUGGCAGCUGGCCAUCUCACUCGAUCGUACAGCACCAAUCCCAACCCUCCUCUGGGCGAAAAGAACGUGUCGAACACUCGGCCCUCCAGAGUGGCUUUGAUUGGAGCUCGUGGCUAUACAGGCCAGGCUCUCAUCAACCUUUUGAAUGGCCAUCCUUACAUGGAUCUGCGUCACGUUUCGUCUCGCGAACUUGCGGGCAAGAAGCUUCAAGGAUAUGACAAACGGGAGAUCAUCUAUGAGAACCUGAGCCCUGAGGAUGUGCGGCGUAUGGCCCAAAAUGGGGAUAUUGAUUGCUGGGUUAUGGCUCUGCCCAACGGUGUUUGCAAGCCCUACGUCGACGCUGUCGACCAAGCGUCUGACAAGGGCGCUAUUAUUGUUGACCUCAGCGCCGACUACCGCUUCGACCCGAACUGGACAUACGGUCUUCCCGAAUUGGUCAGCCGAUCGACCAUUGCGAAGGCAACUCGCAUUGCAAACCCUGGCUGCUACGCCACUGCCGCGCAGCUCGGAAUUGCCCCUCUCGUGCCAUAUCUCGGCGGUCAGCCCACCGUUUUCGGUGUCUCGGGAUACUCAGGGGCUGGCACAAAGCCGAGCCCCAAGAACGACGUCAACCUGCUCACGAACAACAUCAUUCCUUACAGCUUGACGGAUCACAUCCAUGAAAAGGAGAUCAGCUCUCAGCUCAACACGAGCGUUGCUUUCAUUCCUCACGUCGCGGUUUGGUUCCAGGGUAUCCAUCACACAAUUAGUCUGCCUCUCAAAGAGGAGAUGUCUUCUCGUGACAUUCGUAACCUCUACCAGGACCGUUACGCCGGGGAGAAGCUUGUCAAGAUCGUGGGUGAACCGCCGCUCGUCAAGAAUAUCGCCGGCCGACACGGCGUCGAGAUUGGCGGCUUUGCUGUCCACUCGAGCGGCAAGCGUGUGGUGGUCUGCGCGACAAUUGACAAUCUGCUCAAGGGAGCUGCUACACAAUGUCUUCAAAACAUGAAUCUUGCGCUCGGCUACUCCGAGUACGAAGGCAUUCCCCUAGAGUAG